AUGUCAAAAUAUCUCGAUUUUCACCCAACACGCCAAAUGCUAAAUCUGCCUUUUUCAACGCAAAAACUGAAUAUUCAGAAAAUUAAAGGUGCUAUUGAAAAAUCAAAAACUCACUCCUCCCUCUUUUGCUUAUCGAGCAAGAAUUUUGCUUCCUCGCCGAGUUACAUUUCUUUUCUUUAAAAUUGAAUAUUAAAAUUUUAUAUAAAAAUAUGGCUUUUUUAUGAACUCUAAAGUGUGUAUAAAAUUAUGUAAUAUAAAGCAUGCUAUUAAAAUAUUUGCUUGCUAAUAAUUUUCUCAAAGGGGAUUUUUUCAGUUGUUUUACUCUUUUUUUAAGAAUGGGGAAGUCAGAGAUCUGAUUUAGCCGAUGCUUUCAGAAAAUUGAGCAUUUCUACUCAAGAAUCAAAAUCUGAAAAAUCAUUUUAUAAAUCAAGCUAUGAGAUUGAAGAUAUUCCAGAAUUAGUAGAAGCAUUAAAAAAUCCUGAUGACCAAAGUCACUUAUUUGCUGCCCAAGGUUUUAGGAAAAUUUUGAGUCUGGCUGAUCCUCACAUAAGUGAAGUUUUAAGAGCGGGUAUUUUGCCCUAUACAAUUGAAUGAAUUCAGCGAUAUGAUUUCCCAGAACUUCAAAUGGAAGGAGCAUGGAUAUUAACCAAUAUAAGCUAUGGAGAUCAUGAAUAUGUGGAAUUGGUAGUGAACUCUGGAGCUUUGCCUUUAUUGAUUAAUCUAAUGAAUUCUGAAAACGAAGAUGUAAGAGAUCAAGCCAUUUGAGCGUUAGGAAAUCUAUGUGGAGAUACUGAUGAAUAUAGACAAUUAGCUAUAAAUUUAGGUGGGCUAAAUGAAUUAAUAAGAGUUGUCAAAUACUCUCAAAGGAUAUCUACAAUUCGUGAAGGGUGCUGAGCGAUCAGCAAUAUAUGUAUAUACAAGUUUAUUAAUUUUCAAUUGGUAGAAGAAAUAAUACCGUUAGCGGCAAAUUUUUUGAAUGAGAGCCAGCACUCUGGCAUUAUAUCAGACUGUAUUUUGAUAUUAGCAAGACUAUGUGAAGGCUGUGAAGAAUCAAUAAGCUUGCUACUAAAAUGCGGAAAUAUUAUUCCAAAAAUAAUUUGAUAUCUUACAAGUAAUCUCACCAUGUUUGUAGUCCCCAGUUUAAGAGUCAUAAGAGCCAUACCUAAUUACAGUGAAUUUAAGCAUUCCUACUGGCUAUCGUUAUUUUAUUUCCGAAUAGCAAAUAGGAUAGCAGCUAAUCAAUAGGACUUUUUAUGGUAUAUUUCCACUGAUUCUUCUCCAUAUCUGAAAAACACAAUUAAAAUGCAAAUAAUUCCAAUACUCUCAGGCCUAUUAGACUCAGACUACCGAGGAAUAAGAAAAGAUUCUGCAUGGUGUUUGGCAAAGCUAUGCACCGCAGAGUAUUUAGAUACCCUUUUUGUAAAUAGUAUUUUCACAAAAAUCACCAAUCUUAUUAGCACAGAAAAUGAAAACUUAACCAAGAGGCAAUUUUUAUUAUUUUUGACAAGUGCUGUUUCAGCAUGCAACACCGCUCAGAUGACUCAACUAAUUCAAAUGAAUUUAAUUUCUACUCUUUGCGGAGCUCUUAGAAGUGAUGAUAAGAGUAUUUUAACCCUGGCUUUGGAAAGUUUAAUGUACACUUUGACUUUCAAUCGGCAGUCUACGGUAGAAGUGAAUCAGUCUCUUUUAGAACUAAUUGAUGAAUGUGGAGGGUGUCAGAAUUUAGAAGAUCUAAGGGCAAAUCCAAAUAUACGAAUUCAACAGAAGCUUUAUGAAAUUCUUAAUUUUUUAUGUGAAGCUGAAUAA